CGUCACAGCGACUAUACAAGGUGCUUACAUACCUAGACUCUUCAUUUCUCGCAGACAAGCAAAUAUACGCCGUGCUUGAGCUUUGAACUUCAUCCCCCUUACACCAUGACUGACUCGGACGUUCUCCUGCGUCUCAAGACUUCCUGUGCUACAACCUACGACCACUAUGAUCAAGUGGUUGCUGUCUCCCAAAAAAUCAUCAAUGACGCUUUCGUAGGUUUGUACGAUGAAAAUCCAGAGUUCGCAAAAAUCAGCUUUUCCGACAGGCGGGUUGGUAGCAUCGAGGGGGAUUUGCUUUCGCCUCACCUUCUUCUCGGCGGUCGCGAAGGCGGCGGUAUCAACUUGGCCACUGUCCUCUAUGUGAUGCGCUUCAAAAGUGGCAAGUUGAUUAUUUACGGGGCAACGGAGGAGGACGACUUUGAGGAUGACCUGGAUGGCUGGAAGCUUGCUGUCAAGGUUGAUCUCGACAAACAGUUUGUUAAAGUCGAUCCGACUGCCGAUCCUGCAGAACAGGAAAGACAGCAAAAAAUCUGGGACUUUAUACACAACAAGUUUUCCAUCCCAGGUGAUUACAGCAUUUCCCGACUGUAUGCCAAGCUAUCUGAUGUCACAUGGAAGGAUUAUGACUACGACGCCUCACAAUUUGGCCACAACUCGGAUGGCACACCGCGGUCUUGGGCUCAGCUCAUCAAACAGUACCCAGACCUCGAGAUUGGCCUGCCGCUCUUCUUGGGUAAAUGGGCACAGCAACAGGAGGAUGAGAGCAUGACCAUGGCUGGGAUCAAGCUGAUGGGCGAGCCGCCUGAAGAGAAUGACCCCAAGGAGUCUACGUUCGAGCCAACUGCCAUGAUUCACCAAGUCUUUGGCUAUCAAAAUCCCGCCAAGGGUGUUCCCGAACCAGUCGUAUCAUACGACGUGCCAGGAAACCUGAAUUCGCUUCUAUAUUGCGAAAUGGUCGAAGAUAAUCCCCUUCCCCAAGACUCCAAGCUUGCUUCUAGGGGUAUCUUUACCACUCAGCCCUCGAGCACCACUCCACGCAUUGAUGGCAGUUUUGUCCUUAGCCAUCAGCUCUUCCUGGAGAAAUUCUUGCUCCCUAUGCUGAACGCUUUCAACAUGGCCACUAUUAUUUACCCUGAUUCAUCGAGAUUUUCCUAUUCUGGCACUUCAAGCACGGUUUCAUGGAAUUACGCCAUCGGCCUUGAUAAGAAUCACCCGAAUCCAGGUGAUUCAUUCUAUUCCUUCAAACCUAUUUACAACCCAGGAUCACCACAAGAUGUUACUGCCUACAAGUUCACUUGGGAACAUUCCGACACCCUUACUCCCAAGGGUUACAACCCCAACAGUAAAGUUUGGGGAGGUUUUACAGCCAUUGGUUCGUCUGAAGUUGACUUCAAGUGGGAACCUGGCACGAACAGCUUUAGAGUUACAGGUUUGUCUGAGUACAAAUACGACGGAGAAUGGGCAGAUAAUGAGGGCAUGAGGUAUCCCUUCGGGUGGCUCAGGGACACAUAUCAAUUCACUUGGGGCAUGAAGAUCGACAUUAGCAGCGUCGAGGGGGGUGUUCUCAAGAUGAGCCUUGACGCAGGCCCCAGGGAGGACUGUAAUGGCAACCUAGCUAUGACGCGGCAUCAACAACAGCAGACCUCCACACCCCCAGGACAGACGGAAGACAUCAAAAAUAGGAUUACUAGUGUUAUAUCGAGUCAAGUCCGAACACUCAAGGCAAAUCUCGCGGAGGCGUUCCAGACAACCGGCCAGCUCACUUACCCCGGUUACGGGACCUUUGACUUCUCCGCCCCAACGAUUGGCAAUACUGGGGAGGUUUUGGCAACUAUUGCCUUCAAGAAUGUUACCGGCAAGAUCGAGGUUCCUCCGCCUCAAUCACUCACCUUGCGUCCCCCCGAGAGUGUCCCCUUCCUAGCUGUUCCCUUCAGCGCCCCUUGCGUGGCUCCCAUCGCUAAAUUAUCUUGGUCCUUCACCAAACCAGUCAAGGGGUCAUCAGAGAGCGUUGAAAUUCUCAUCAACGGCAAGAAUAACACUGACAAGGCUAUCUCUCUUGUUAGUAUUGCCUUCACCCUCAGUUCUCAGCCGAGUGGCCAAGGUCUCGUCACCAGUACGGAGUUCAAGGCCGAUAAAUGGACCAUUGGCGAACCGGAUGAGACCAAGCACGACAUCUUCCAGAUCGUGGUGGACACGGAUGGUACACCAGCCUUUACCGAUGUCGCUGCGGAUGUUGGCGAGGAUAAACCUCCUGGUAUAACUCCCAUCACCUUCUCUGGUACCGGUGAUGUGUCGAUUGAGCCUGGUAAUACUCUUACACUAGCACUCUGGACGGGGACGGGCUUUCCAAAUACGUAUCCCGUGUCAAUUGUCGAGGGAUGGCCAAAGAAGAAAGAAAGGGCCUGCCACAGUCUGCGAAAGGCAGUCAAUGUUAUCUUGUCGCCACCAUAGAUGUAGUUUGCGAAUGACGCCUGCAGGCAUGGGUUUGAGGCGACAAGAGCGUGCGGUUACAACGUGCCUGGACUUGGGCUGGUCGCAAUUUUGAAACUGGGGGCUCGACGGCGGAGAUGAGCUACAGGGACAAUCCUUACUCCAAUUCCACCAUAUUGUUCUCAACUCACUGGCGCAGGCUAUGUUGCAAAUGGAGUGCCGAGUAAGAUAAUAUACUUAGCUAUGCAAAACUUGUAGCAGAUGAAUCGACCCAUCGGUUUUGAGCACUUCGAAGACAUUACAUAUAUUUUCGCGCGUGCUCUGUUCCGGCGUAGAUGAGUGUGUAUACAUAGUUUACCAACAUCUCCGGCGAAGACACAUUUUUAACCUCUGGCACAUACCCAGCAGAGAUGUUUGCUGCUGGCCUGG